GUCAAUAGGGGGUACCAUCGAGCCGCAGCCGAAAAGGAGAGCAGGAGAAAACAACGGAAAAGGCCGGGCGCCCUUGCAGGAAGGAAGCUGCUGAUCGAGGCAAGGCGCUGCGGAGAGAUUCCCGGCGCCCGCUAAGCGCAAGCGCUUCCCAGUCUGCCGCCGCAGCCAGCCGUCCAGGGUGGGCGUCCCGAAGGCACCCAGGAGGGACUCCCCUUGAACUGGCCCGGACAGAGCCCCGCCGCGCGCAGCUGAUCCGACCGCAAGAAGUGAGUGGAUGGAAACCGAGACAGAAUGUCGCCUCGCUUCUUCCGGAAAAAACACGCCUUGCAAUUCAGGAAUACCUCCAAGGGAUGGUCUUGAACUACUGCUGGAGAUCUGAAAAUUACAGUGCUUUUCAUUUUCAUCAAGUAAACCUCACCAACCCUGAAUCAUAUUCGUGGAAUGCUAUAGUAAUUCCAGCCAAGAAGGCCAAAGUGGAAUAAUUUCCUUCUCUGUAUUUUUAGCAAGACCAGGGGUUGGAGAGAAAAGCUGUUUGCCUAGGACCAAUUUCCCAGAACUGUCACCCCUAACACUCUGGUUGACUCUUCUCUGGCAGAGCCAGGAGAGAAAGUGAUGGAGCAAAAAUCUCUAAGUCCAAAGCUAGAAGAGGGACUGGAAGGAGCUGGAAAAGCUACAAAUGCAACUCAGCCUCUACUCAGGACAGAGCAACGUGGAUGGAGAGCAUCACGAGAGGGCAAACGGGAAUCCCGCAAGAGGAUGCAAGAGCGCUGGGAAGCCCAAUGGCAGGAAUUUCUGAAGACUCUGCAAGCUCCUCACUUGACAUGGCGGGAGCCCCAGCCGUUGGAGACCACGCCAUGGGAAGAUACCAAGGCCUUUCUGGCCUCCUUUGAGCAAGUUGCCAAAGCCUGUCGGUGGCCUAGAGGAGAGUGGGCAGCCCGACUCCUGCCAGCCCUUAGCGGAGAGGCAGAAGAGGCCUUCAGCCUCCUAGAAGCUAGAGAUAAGGAGGACUAUGAGAAAGUGAAGGCCGCCAUCUUGAGAGGGGAUGCCAUGAGAAGGGAGACACAGCGCCAGCACUUCAGGCAGUUCUGCUGCCAACAGGUUGAAGAACCAUGGAGGGUUUACAGCCAGCUGCAGGAGCUUUGCUGCCAGUGGCUGAAGCCAGAGAAGCACACGAAGGAGCAGAUCCUGGAGCUGCUGAUCCUGGAGCAGUUCCUGGCCAGCCUGCCAGUAGAAAUCCAGAGCUGGAUCCGAGCAGGAGGGCCAGACAGCUGUUCCCAGGCUGUGGCCCUGGCAGAGGAUUUCCUGAUGAGCCAGAGAGAGGCAGUGUCAGGGAAAUGGCAGGGGCCGUCACAGGAGGGGUGUGUGAGUUCUCUGGAGGCGAAGGAGGAACCCUCGGAGACGGCCUUGGGACAGAGCUACAAAGAAGCCAAGCCGAGCAGUGGUGGGGAGGUCAAUUUACUGGACAGUGGAAUCAAAUGCCCAAGUGAUUCCAGUCCAGUGCUUCCUCCAGAAGAACAGGAAAUGGCCAGUGCUGGGUUGACUGAGGAACUCCUGAAUUUCAAGGAGGCAGACAUGUCUUUGCACAUGGCCGAACAGACUCGGGCACAACCUGGCCAACGGACCAUGUUCUGGCAAAUUCUGCAGGAAGAUCAUGAGAACCUGGAUUCUUUGGAGGGACUUUUGAUUCCCAAACCUGGCCUCACCUCCAACUCGGAAAAAGAAGAAAUGUUCCACCUGUUGUCUGUCGGAUGUGAGAGACUCUCGGGCCAUGAUUCAGUAACGGAAUCAGUUUCCUGUUUGGCUUCAACAUGUUCCAUGCACAGUCCAACAGAAAGUAGUCAGUCUUCUAUAUUUGACCACCAGUUACAAGACCAUAGCCAUUAUUCUGCAGUGAACUACAGUAGGCCUAGGUUUAUUGCUGCAGGUUAUGGAGUUAUGCCACUUCCUCCUGCUGAAAAGCAGAGGCAGUACCGCCAAAGAUUGAAAGAAAGAACCUGUUAUGAAGAGGUCAAAAAGAAGGACCGUGAACGCAAGGCAGCUAGUAUGAAAAGGAUGACUCCAGACCAAAUGAAGCACUUCAGAGAGUGUCACAGACAGGCUCAGAGAAGAUACAAGGACAGACUUAAAAAGAGAAAUCUCCCUUCAGCAGAGACCGUGGACUGUCAAUCAGCUGAUAGAAGAUGCUCUGUACAUUUAAAACAAUAAAACAGGCAGCCCUCAAAAACGGAAUAAAGUUGUUACAGUUUGGGCUGAGAGAAUGGCCCUUCUUCUAUUGCGCUGCAAGAAAAUAAAGCCUCACUCCAGCCAAGUUUCACACGCUGUUGUAAAACCAAUUGAGGAAUUUUACCAAAGGCUGGACAUAUCCUGACAAGUCCUAGGGCGGUGUCCUUAAUUGCUAGGCCUGGGAGCCAGUGGCGGCUCCCAGACCAGCUUAUUUCAUUUCUAUUUAUUUAUUUAUUUAUUUAUAUCCCACACCUCCAGUAGGAUACUGCUUGGGGGAAGCUCACAAAGACAAUACAAUAGAUGGAAUGAUAGCAAUAGCAAUAGCACUUACAUUUAUAUACCGCUCUAUAGCCGAAGCUCUCUAAGCGGUUUACAAUGAUUUAGCAUAUUGCCCCCAACAUUCUGGGUACUCAUUUUACCGACCUCGGAAGGAUGGAAGGCUGAGUCAACCUUGAGCCCCUGGUCAGGAUUGAACUUGUAACCUUCUGGUUACAGAGCGGCAGUUUUACCACUGCGCCACCAGGGGCUCUUAAUGAUCCACCGUUCACUUUGAUGAUCCACCGUUCAUAAAAUUCAGUUAACAAUAGAGAUUAAAAACUUACUGGAACAAACACAAAAUGAAAAGGCCUCUCUAAAAAGAUGGGUUAGGGUUUUUUAGGUCUUUGUGAAGUUUGGUCAAAGCCAAAUAUUCCACACAGCCCCCCACCCCCAACCUGGUAUCACGUGGAGAUGACUGUUCCAAACUCACAGUGCUAUACUUUCCCCAGAGGUGAUGGGGGGGGGUCCUUUAAAGGAAACACUGCCAUAUUAAUCCCCAGCACCAUCUUGGGAGUUACGUACAGAGUGCUGGAGAAAGCAGUAGGGAGGAACUACACUUCCCAGUGCUCUGUAUGUGCCUUUCAAGAUGGUGCUGGUGCUCUGCAAGGCUCUAUUUCUCUUAAAGGGCCUCUUUUGGCCCUGGGGAAAGUGUUGCACUCAGCACAGUAGGAAAUGAUUCUUGCAUUGCACAUGCACACACCCCGCCUUUAUUUCAUUUUAAUUUUUUUGCCCAAAUGGUCCCUGUUUAAGACUUAGUGAAGAUCACUACCCUGGGGCGAAGAAAGCCAUGUUGUCAUUCAUACUGGUACUGUGUACAAAAGUACUACCUCCUGAUGGCCUUCUGUGAAGUCUCCUUCUUGAGGAAAACAAAUUAGCUUUUUAAAUGUGAAUUCAGGUCUACAUCUGUGUGCUUAACAAGCCAGUUUGCCCAAGUAGCAUGCACGUGUGUCUGUCAUGAGAACACAGCACCAGUUUUUCCAGAUGCAGUAUCUCAAAGUCGAUUGAUGUUUUAAUGUUAAUGAAGUUUUAAAUGUUAAAUUAAUGCUAAUAAGUAGAUGUGCUUCAGGACAUCUCCUUUUCUUUCUGUUAAUGAUUUACCUUGAUAGCUAGCAAGCAAUACUGCAAACUGAUUCUGUUACCACACAAGAGCCCUGUUCAGACACUUAAAUCAAAAGCCUCCCAAUACACUUGCAAUGCCAUCACUCACUCACUUCUCCUCAUUGCUUAUGGUUACAGUAGCAUCUGCAGAGGAAAAAGCUGUAACUGUGAUGGGAAGUGCUUUCAUGAUGAGCAGCCUGGGUCAAUCCAUGGCAGCAUUUCUCUUAAAGCAGGCCUGCUCAACUUAGGCCCUCUUGCAGAUGUUGGCCUACAACUCCCGUAAUCCCUGGCUAUUGGCUACUAUGGCUAGAGAUUAAGGGAGUUGUAGUCCAAAAACAGCUGGGGGGCCUAAAUUGAGCAGGCCUGCUUUAAAGAUCAUGGAAGCACCUGCCAUCACGAUUACAGUGUUUCCCUUUGCAGACUAACACUUAUGUAACUGUGAGCAGUGGUGUGGACAGGGUAAGUGACACACCAGUGGGGCAUUUGACACCGUAAGCAUAUUGGGAGGCUGAUUAAAGUGAUUCCAUUAUCUGUAUGUUUCUCCAUUAAAAUAUGGAGAGAGAAACCCUGAACAUUGGUCACAGUUUACAAGAAAACAUAGUCCCCUAUCAGAGCAUGCACUGGGCUGAAUUUGCAUCUCACUCACUACAUAUAGAAACGAAUGCCCAAAAAUGAUUAUUCUUUUAUUUUGGACACUAAUAUUAAAGGUUUGGUUUUUUUAAAGGCCUUAUGGUAAGAAAUAUUCUCUUGCUAGUGCAUAUAUAUCAGCUUAAUUUGCUCAUUGUUAUAAUCACUGGAAAAAGUACUGACACAGGUGAUUCUGCUAUCCGUUAGACUUGUCCAGUAUAAGAGGAUCUUGGGGGAUACUAGUCUGGGAAGACACCUCUGCCUCUUUGUCCUCUCCCAAGAAUACAUAGCAGAGGUUGUUCUAAUUUUCCUGUAACUAGUAGAAAGCGUGUCCCUGAGGGUCGCAUAACCCUCUGGGACAUACUGUAUUUUUGUUAAAAAGCACUUCUGCAAAAGGAAGAGGGUGAUGAAAAUCCCCCUUCUCCCACAUAGCAUGAUUCCGGAUUACACUGCAGUGUAAUCCAGAAUCGCCUCUAAACACUGUAGAGGUGUUUUGCACACAGCACCUCCAUACUGUUGGUGAGGAUGCUGGCCAAGUUACCAAGAAAAUGUGGAAUUUGGCCCAAUGGAAGUUUUGUUAAAUGAUCUGUGUGGGAAUAUUCUAUUACUGAUUUUUCCCCACCAGAAUCUAGUAGCAGCUAGGAUUGUCUAUGCCAUAUAUUUAAAAAUUAUAUACAAUUCCAGCCAUGAAAGAAUAGCUGUUUAACAUCUUAGAAAUCGCUGUUAUGGGUGCAUUGAUAGAUAAUGCCUAUGGUUGGAAUGGGAUCCACUCCUAGAGAUUGCCCAGGAGGCAACGGCACAUGGAGCAGGGCCUCAAAUUUACAAUGGAGUGUGAGAGGAGAUCCAUAUGGAGGAGUACAGUCCUUAAGUUUGCAUGUUCCAAGCUAUUUAGGGAAUUUGUGUUUGUGUUUUUAAAUUUGAAUGCAAAGGGUGGUGGUGUAAAUCUGUCAAGUAAUCUUUUUUUGGAAUGUCUUCAUUGCUCCAAGGAUUGUAAAAUUAUUUUGAAAUUGAGUAUAAAAAUCUUCAGCAGCUUUUGUAGUUGUCAAGCCCCUACCCCAUUCCUGCAAUAAAAAUCAGAUAUAUGA